AUGUUAGCGGAGUUUGGAAAGAACAAAAAUGUCUCUUGCAUAGAGUUUUUGCUAGAAGUCAGCGAGUUUUGUAAAGACUCUGGAAAGAUAACAUCAAGGGCGGUAAAGUUUGGUCCAAACUCCGAUGAAGUCAUGGUAGACGAUUGA